AUGACAAAUCCUUCUGAGACCAUUGAAGCAUUUCAGAAAACGCUUGAUCCAUUCAUCAAGCCACGCGAGCAAGUCAAUUAUAUUCGGCGUGUAUUAGCACUACAUCUUGGAACAUGUUCUCAUGACGGCCCAAUCAAGCAGCCAGUGUCGCUGGCUGAUCCGGCGCGCGACGUAACUCCAGAUCCAAAUUCAAAAGGAAUCUACAGAGAAUACAUCGAAGCUCUAAAAUCCAAUGUCGAUGCGCGUCGGAAAUAUGAACAUAUUGCACAAUCAAAUAUUGCCUCCUCGGCUCCAGCCCAAGAUACAUCGUCCAGCAACGAGCUAUUGGAAGAACGGAUAUCGCUUCUAAAGCUUCAAGCCAAGUCGAACCGACUAUCAGCUGUUCAGGGUCAUCUCGAUUCUCUUAUGCAGAAACCUGCCGCUGCACCUGAAUAUCUGGAUCCCGAGGAUGUCUUUCACGAAGCCAUGAGUCGGCCAAGCGUCCCAAAAGAAGUGGUCAAUGGCCUAGUAGCACAGCAGAGCGUUCAGAAGACCGACUUGACAGAGCAAGUUGCUCAACUCGAAAAGACUGUCUUAAGAGCAAAACUUCUCCUACGGCGAGAAGAACAACUGCUCCGUGAAACAAGGACAAAUGCCCAAAGCAUCCCCGAUGUUAUUAGCAACGGCAUCAGGUUACAUGCUCUAAAUACAACACGGAAUGAGCUUAUUAGCUGGAUUGAAACUGAACUGAGCAAGGCUUCAGGAGACGAAGAAGGGGACGACAGCGGUUCCAAGAGCCACAACCAAUCAACGGCGGAUCAGGCAACGAUAAACACCCAACUCAACAACAUAAAAGAGAAGUACGCCAAAUACCUUGCGACCAGGCGGUCUCUUCUUGCCUAUGUUGGCGAAAGGUCCGAUUUCUCGGCAGCUCCUGUAUUGGCGCCAUCCGCCACCAAGCAACAGGCUGGAGAAUCAGAGCCUGCAUCCAGCACAUAUCUCCUUACACCAUAUAUCGAGACACUUCUCGCGCUAUCCAAAAAACAAAGGGCCGUGAUAUCACAAAAGUCACAUGUUAACGCGACCCUCGGCAAGGAAGUCAAGAGCAACUGUCAGUCACUUAGUCAUCUGGAAGAAGAAAGCCAGCUGCUCCCUUCAUACUCUGCGGCACCGUCAUCACGAAGACGGUCGGUUCUAGGAGAGUUCCUCGGCUCAGAAGAACGGUCAGGAUUGACGGGCAAAGUUCAACCCUGGGUUUUAGCUGCAGAUUCAGCAAAGAUUGCUACGCUCGAAAAUGUGGCAGAGCAGGUCGAAGGCGGGCAACUUGCGUUGGAGAAUUCUAUGCAGACUUUGCAGGAAAUCGACCAGCUUCUGGGACAGGGUGAAGUGACACAUGAAAAUGAGGCUCAGGCUGAUACCACAGAAGAUUUCUGGAUGGAAGCUGGUCCUAAGUCGCCAACCAAGGGGAGAAAACAUACAGAGAAGAGCAAAGAAGCGGAGCAUUCAAAAGAUGCAUGGUCUAGUUUACAUGGUAACCUUGGGUUAAUCGGCCAGGAAGACACUGUUUAG